UCUUCUUUUUUUUCUUCUUCUCCUUCUCCUCCUUGUCCGUCUCCUUCUUCUUCUCCUUUUCUUCCUCCUCCUCCUUCUUCUCCUUUUCCUCCUCCUCCUUCUUCUCCUUCUUCUCCUCCUCCUUCUUCUUCUUCUGCUCUUUCUUCUUCUCCUCCUCCUUCUUCUGCUUCUUCCUCUUCCACCCUCCUUCUUCUACUUCUCCUUCUCCUCCUUGUUCUCCUUUUCCUCCUCCUUCUUUUUCUCCUUCUUCUAAUUCUUCUUCUUCUUAUUAUUAUUCAUCUCCUCCGUCUUCUCCUUUUCCUUCUCUUUCUCCUUAUCUUCCUCCUACUCCUCCUUCUACUUAUUUUUCUUCUCGUUCUUGUCCUCCUUCCUCGCCUUCUCCUCCUUUUCCCUCUCCUUCUCAUCCUUCCUCUCAUUCUCCUCUUUCCUCUCCUUCUUCUUCUUUUUCUUCCUCCUCCUCCUUAUUUUCCUUCUUCUCCUUCUCCUCCUCCUUCAUCUCCUCAUUUUCCUUCUCCUUCUCCUCCUUCCUCUUCUCCUUCUCCGUCUCCUUCUCCUCAUUCCUUUCCUUCUUCUCCGUCUCCCUCUCCCCCUUCCUUUCCUUCUCCUUCUUCCUCUCCUUCUUCUCCUCCUAUUUCUCCUCCUCGUUCAUCUUCCCCCUGCUGUCCCUCCAGGAGAAGAAAACAAGUAUUGUGUUGUUGUUUUCCUGGCAAGUGUGUAGUCACCAUCAGGCAGGCAAUUAAAAGAUAA